AUGUAUUCGUCCGAUGAUAACAACAGUAAUUCUGUUCGAAAUGCCCUUUUUGACGCUGCCGUACAACUUAGCGUACCUACAGUUACAUCUACAGCUUCAGCUGCAACAAAAAUGCGUGUUAAUUCAGCAACCGAUCGAAUAACAUUAACUUCUCGUGCUCGAUCACCUCCAAAUAGCUUAAGAUUUAGUCUUUCAUCCGGUGUGAAUUCUACCCGUCAACAAUCAGCUUUUAAAAAUCCUAAAACUUUACGUGAUGUAGCUACUCAAUCAUCACCAAUACCGACAAAACAUGAUCAACUUCAUAUAUCACCCGAAAAUUCUAAAUUAAUAUUAGAUAAUAAUAAUAAUCCAACAACAUCAUCUAUAUCCGAAACUUCAAAAGAGUAUUUAUCUGUACCAGUACAAUCUAAUCAACGACGAUCACCAAGUUCUUCUCCAACACGAUCUAAUAAAUCAUUAAAAAAUACUUUACUUGGUCUAUGGCAAGGAUUAAAUAAUGACGAAUUAAGAUCUGCUGCAUCAUCACCGGUGGAUCCGAAAUAUUUUGAAGAACGAGUUCGAAUAAGUACUCCAAGAUGGAAAGCUUUUUCAAAAGUUGUUACUUCUGUACUUACAUUUACACGAACAAAAAAAGGACGAUAUGAAUGGAUACAACUAGUCGGUCAUCCUGGAACAUUCAAAGAAGGUUUUCAUGAUGGUUAUGUAUUAAAAGAAUUAUGUAAACAUGAACGAUACUGUUGUGAAGUCUUACAAACUGAUAUUUUAAAAAGUUUUGUACCAAAAUAUAAUGGAACUGUAACAGAUGACGAAGGAAAAUCUUAUAUUGAAAUGGAAGAUUUAUUAGCUUCAUUUCAUGAACCAUGUAUAAUGGAUUGUAAAAUAGGUGUACGAACCUAUCUAGAAGAAGAUCUUGCAAAAUCAGAAAGUGAUCCAGUACCUAGAGCGGAUCUGUAUGAAAAAAUGAUUGCUAUUGAUCCAACAGCGCCAACUGAAAAAGAAAAUGAAGAGAAAAAAAUUCUUAAACCACGUUAUAUGAUUUGGCGUGAAACUUUAAGUUCAAGUCAAGAAUUAGGAUUUCGUAUAGAAGGAAUUAAAAAAUCUCGUGGUUUAAUGUCAAAAGAUUUUCAACGAAUUAAAGAUCGAAAUGAUGUACGACAACAAUUAACAGAUUUUAUUGCUAAUUCACUAUCACGUGCUACUCGAUAUCAGAAACGUUUAAUCGAUUUACGUUCAACAUGUCUUCGUUCAAAAUUCUUUCAAACUCAUGAGUUAAUUGGUUCAUCUCUAUUAUUUGUUCAUGAUAAUACUCGAGCAUCAUUAUGGAUGAUCGAUUUUGGUAAAACUCGAAAAUUACCGAACGAUUUUCAAAUAACGCAUUCCAAACCGUGGAUACGUGGUACACAUGAAGAUGGUUAUCUAAUUGGUUUAGAUAAUUUAAUAAUGAUUUUACAGGAUAUAAUUGAUGAACUAAAAUCAAGUUUAGUUUCGAAUUAA